GGAAAACGGUACGGAUCAGAAAGAUAUUUUUUUUAGUCCGUUUUCAACCCUACUACGCCUCGGAAUCAGAGGAACCGAACGGUGGAAGAGUACGCCUCGGAAUCAGAGGAGCAGCGAGGAAGCUGAAGGAGGGGCGAAUCUAAGCCCAAUUGAAGCAUGAGGGCGUCGAUUAAUCGUCCCCCGACGCCGAGCGCGGAGGAGGAUCGGGACAAGCAGCCUUCUCUCGGAGAGAUCAUUAACAUCAAGUUGGUAGAGACUGGGGAGAAGGAGAAGCUAAUGGAGCUACUCCGCGAGCGACUCGCUGAGUGCGGCUGGAGGGAUGAGAUGAAGGCACUCUGCAGUAAUAAACACAUGCAUCCAAUGAUGCUGAGCAAGUGCUUCACAUUCCUAAGGGCCUAUGCAAGGAAGAAAGGAAGAAAUAAUGUGACAGUAGAUGACCUCAUUCAUGUUAUUACUCCGAAAGGAAGAGCAUCCGUGCCUGAUUCAGUGAAGGCAGAACUCCUGCAACGCAUCCGGUCCUUCCUUAUGUCUACCACACUUCGGUAGUCAUUUGUCGCGACGGUUGGAGCCUAUAUGUACCAUUGUAGGAUCAUUGGGAAGUCGAUCUUGUUGGGGACCAAAGGUGCAGGAAAGCAGUGCGUAGGGGAAUAUUGUGAGCAUGAAAAGAAACAGUGUGAUCUUCAUGACACUGUCGACAUGUUCCUCGUCAGGCGCAGGCGGUUGGCGUAAUUUCAGGUGUACCAAUAGAGUUGUAAGUUGUAACCCCUGAAUACUGUAUUGUUAAAGCAACCUUCCACCUUGUAAUGCUACAUUGUACUAUAACUGCUCAGCGCUGAUGCUUAAUUUCACAAUUAGAAAACAGAAACGCAAUCUUGAUAUAGAUGAUAACACGCAUGUGAAACCUGAAACCCUGACUGGGUCAUCUUCAA